AUGGAGCAGUACGGCAGAGAACCCGAGCCUCAGCGCUCACCCAGCACAUUCAUCUACAAUCUUGCGUUCAGACCAAAGGAUCAGAAUUCGGCGCCCUGUGUGAACUCAAUGACUGUACAAGCUUCGCCUAUGCCACCUCACUUUGAUUCACAACUCCACGCCGGUUCUCUCCUUGAACGACGCGCUCUGGCUGGACGCACUAUCCACGGCAUGCCACUUGCGCCAUUAACUGUGCAAAUUCCGCACCGAAAUGACAUGGACAUAUCCGUGGCGGAUUUUGGCGCGUUAGAUGACGGCUUCUUGCGGUUUCUUACACGACACCAAUCUCAUAAGGAGAGGUAUGCUCUAGCAAUGAGGAUUCGCUCGGUUCAGGACAUUUGUCUACGAGCUAGCCAGAAGUAUCACGAACGACGACGCAGGCAAGCCAGAAACGAUCGCAGAAGAGAACGCAGAGAAGAGCGCAGAGGCAAUUCAAGGGGGGGUUGCUUGAGAAGGUUUCGUGGAGGCAGUCGUCGCCCCGGUCCCUACGAUCGACCCGUUGAACGAGAUUCGCACCAUUAUUCUUCGUCUUCAGCGUCUUCCACCGCCAGCGACUCGGUCUCGAAUGAAUCGCUUCUGAAGAGCACCGGCCGGAUUUGCAAUCAUCUCUGGGAACAAGCCAACGUAGACGCACUAAAUGAAUUCAUGGGUGGGGGGAAGCAGCGGGAAGCAGCGACAACCAUGGCGCAGCUGCUAGAAUGGGCGGAAGCGGUCGUGGAGUGCAGUAAUCGCAGCAGGCGCAGUUACCCUCCCGACAGGUCGGACUUAUUGCGAUUACUCGAAGCUGCAAAGAAUUUGUGCGGCUGGCUUGGUGACAGUGACGGGGAAGCAGAACUUGGAGAAGUUGAGGGCGCUGUGACAUUCUAUCUCAUCUUUGGAGUGGCAUAG